CUCUCUAUAUUAUCUUUGUCUGGAUUUUGGGUUCUCAUCCUAAAAUUGAACUCAUCCAUUUCUUUCCAAAACUCAACAAGCAAUCAUGGAGUUGGCUCGAGAUAUUGUUAUAGUAGGAGCUGGAAUAGCUGGCCUCACCACAUCCUUGGGACUUCACAGGCUUGGAAUUGAAAGUUUAGUAUUGGAAUCCUCUUCUAAUUUGAGGAUUACUGGAUUUGCUUUGUCUACUUGGACUAACGCUUGGAAGGCUUUAGAUGCUCUUGGUGUUGGUGAUUAUCUUCGAACACAGCAUGAGCGGAUUGAUGAAUUAAUUGCAACCUCCACAGCCUCAAGCCAACCGAAAGCACGAGUAUUUUUUAAGGGCAAAGCGAAGCAUGGAGAGCAUGAGGUUCGGUGUGUGAGAAGGAAAUUAUUGCUAGAAGCUCUUGCACAAGAACUCCCACAUGAUACUAUAAGGUUCUCCUCCAAAGUAGUUUCUAUUGACGAAUCAGACUACUUCAAGCUUGUCUAUCUUGAUGAUGGUACCAUGAUCAAAACUAAGGUAUUAAUCGGAUGUGAUGGAGUGAACUCAGUAGUGGCAAAGUGGCUCGGUUUUAAAAACCCAGCUUUUACGGGGCGAUCGGCUAUAAGGGCAUAUGCAAAUUUUAAUGGAAAACAUGGCUAUCUUUUCAAGUUUUACCAGUUUUUUGGUAAUGGCUUUCGUUCAGGUUUCUUUCCCUGCGAUGAUACAUCUAUAUAUUGGUUUUUCACUUGUACAGAGAUGAAGCUAGAGGAGGACCCAGCAAAGUUGAAGCAAUUUGUGCUGAGCAAACUUCAAAAUGCAGCAAAUGAACACCAGAGAAAAGUAGUAGAAGCAACUGAGGAAGAUAGUAUUAUAUCUUCUUCUCUGAGAUACAGACAUCCAUGGGAGUUGCUAUGGGGAAAUAUAAGCAAAGGCAAUGUGAGUGUGGCUGGAGAUGCUCUUCAUCCCAUGACCCCAGAUGUAGGCCAAGGUGGUUGUGCUGCCUUGGAAGAUGGUGUCGUUUUAGCUAGGUGCCUCGCUGAGGCCUUGAAGAAAGAAGUAACUGGUGAAAAUAAAGAGAGUGACAAGGAAGAAUAUGAGAGGAUUGAAGCUGGGUUGAAAAAAUAUGCAGCAGAGAGGAGAUGGAGAAGUAUUGAGCUCAUUACUACAGCUUAUUUUGUUGGAUUUAUACAGCAAAGUAAUGGAAAGUUAUUGAACUUCUUGAGAGAUAAAUUUUUGGUUAAUUUUCUUUCUGGGUUGCUGCUGAGGCUAUCCGAUUUCGACUGUGGAAAUCUUAAAACUAUGUCUUCAUCUUGAAGUUUUCGUUGUUAAGACUCAGUGGUAUUAGAUUAAUCUUUUCAGCUACGAGGUAUUAAGUUUCAGCUAAUUAUGAAAAAAUCGAAAUUUCUAUUUUCAUUC